AUGGCAUCUCUCACAGACACCAAGCAGCAUGCAGAAGAUGUCGAGUAUGCCGGCUCCGGCUCAGCUCCAUCUGUCGAAAUCGACCCCGAGGAAGAAAAGAGAUUGGUUCGCAAGAUUGAUAUGAUUAUCCUACCAACAAUGUGGCUCAUGUAUCUCCUUUCAUACAUGGAUCGAACAAACAUUGGAAAUGCUAAAAUCGCUGGCAUGGAAGAAGAUUUACAGCUUACAUCGGGCCAAUACUCUAUUGCCUUAGUUGUGUUCUUCAUCGGCUACGUCUUGUGCGAAGUUCCAUCGAACAUGAUUCUCAGCAAAGUAAACCCGAGUGCCUACAUUCCUUGCAUGAUGUUUGUUUGGGGUAUCGUCACAAUCUGCAUGGGAUUCAUCAAGACCUAUCAUCAUUUGGUUGGCCUCCGAGUUAUCGUCGGUGUUUUGGAAUCUUCCUUCGCCCCCGGUAUCAUGAUGUUGCUCUCUUCGUGGUACAAGAAGUCCGAGCAAUCCACGAGAUUUUCCGUCUACAUUUCCGCUGCCAUCCUUUCCGGUGCCUUCGGCGGACUUUUGGCCGGUGCGAUCACAAGCGGUCUUGAAGGUGCUCAUGGAAUCCGAGGCUGGAGAUGGCUCUUUAUCGUCGAGGGUGUCGCAACUUCCGGCUGGGCGGCUGUUGCCUAUUUCAUUCUCCCAAAUUUCCCCGCGACAAGCCAGAACAAAUUCACCGCCCGAGAAAUUGAAGUUGCCAUUGCUCGUCUCGCCACAGAAAAUGUCACCGCCCGAAAGGCAGGCGAGAAGGGUGUUGGGCACAUCGAAGCGCUCAAGACUGCCUUCAAGUCCUGGGAACUCUGGAUUUUGACUUUGGGAUACAUGACCAUCGUUGGUUCUUCGACACUCUCUUACUUCUACCCAACUCUCGUCAAGGGUCUCGGAUACACCGCCCACAUGGCCCAAUACAUGACCAUUCCAAUCUAUGCCGUCGCAUUCGUCGUCAACUUAGCCAAUGGUUUCUUCGCAGAUAAAUACAACCGAUACAGAGGCAUCAUCAUCGCCGGCUGGAUGACAGUCGCCUUAGUCACCAGCGCAAUCGUUGUUGGUGUCUACGGUUUCACUGCCCGAUACGUUCUUCUUGUCUUGAUGGCCGCCGGUCUUUGGACUGCCAACGGUUGCGGUUUGAGUUACGGAGGCUCUACCUUUGGAUCUAUGGAACCCGAGACUCGCGCUGUUGCCCUCGCUUUCAUGAACGGUAUGGGUAAUUUGGCAUCGAUUUAUGGUGCCUACCUUUUCCCGAGUGAAGACGCACCAAAGUACUUGACGGGAUUCGGGGUUACCACCGCUAUGUGUUUCGUCGGUAUUGUUGCCUACGCAUCUGCGCAUUUCUUGAUGGCCCGUAAGGAGCGCCGUCUAGCUAGUUCUUCUUAA